UGGAUGCAGCGCAUUGCAUCCCUAGCAUUUGAACUUACAACAUUCACUUAACCUACGUCCAAGCAAUCACAUUUGAACAUAAUCGGUGUAGAUUGUGCCAAGCUUAUCAGCCUACUUUAAGAGGACGAUUCAAAAACACAAAAGGCUAAUUUUCGCUAAUAGCGAUCCCAGACCUCUAACCUCCGCUUUCUCGUGUCUUCAUCUCUCAGAAGAGCCGUCCCUCACUGCAGCGUCUGGCAUCAGUGUCCUCUCACACUCUUCACAGACGCAGGAACCACAGGCUACGAGAUAAGUCUUCCCCAGGGUGAACCAUGGGGACUGCUCUCCGUGGCCCCCUGGCCCUGUUGUCUUUCCUGGGGCUGAGCACCUGCGUCCGGAGCCUCAACCCAGAUGACCCCAAUGUCUGCAGUCAUUGGGAAAGCUACGCCGUGACUGUCCAGGAGUCCUAUGCUCAUCCCUUCGACCAGAUCUACUAUACCAGGUGCACUGACAUCCUCAACUGGUUCAAGUGUACCAGGCACAGGAUCAGCUAUAAGACGGCUUACCGGCGGGGAGUGAGGACCAUGUACCGACGCCGCUCGCAGUGUUGCCCUGGUUACUUUGAGAGUGGAGACUUGUGUGUUCCACUGUGCACCGAGGAGUGCGCGCAUGGUCGGUGUGUGUCUCCUGAUACGUGCCAGUGUGAGCCUGGCUGGGGAGGGCUGGACUGCUCCAGUGGCUGUGAGAGUGACUACUGGGGGCCCCACUGCAGUAACCGUUGCCAGUGCCAGAAUGGGGCCAAGUGUAACCCCAUCACAGGGGCCUGUGUCUGUACCGACGGCUACCAGGGCUGGCGCUGUGAGGAGCCCUGUGAGCGGGGUUACUACGGCAAACUGUGCCAGCUCCCUUGCCAAUGCCUCAAUGGCGCCACCUGCCACCACGAGACAGGAGAGUGUAUCUGCGCACCAGGGUACUCGGGGGCCUUCUGUGGAGAGCGCUGCCCCUAUGGUAGCCACGGGUCCCAGUGCGAGCAACGUUGCCCCUGUCAGAACGGAGGGACGUGCCACCACAUCACAGGAGAGUGCUCCUGCCCCGCAGGAUGGACGGGUUCCGUUUGUGCCCAACCAUGUCACGCUGGCAAGUAUGGCAUCAACUGCAGCAAGGACUGUUCCUGCCGCAACGCAGGGCUGUGUGACCACAUCUCUGGGCAGUGUCAGUGCACUGCAGGCUACAGUGGACGCAGGUGCCAAGAAGAGUGUCCGGUGGGCAGCUAUGGUCCUCAGUGUGCCCUUCGCUGUGACUGUCAGAACGGAGGCAAAUGUUACCACAUCAACGGGGCCUGUCUGUGUGACACGGGGUUCAAAGGACCUCACUGUCAGGAGAGGUUCUGUCCUCCGGGCCUCUAUGGCCUCAUCUGUGACAAGUACUGCCCUUGCAACGCCACCAACACUCUCAGCUGCCAUCCCCUGUCUGGUGAAUGCACCUGUGCUGCCGGGUGGACAGGGCUGUACUGCAACGAAACCUGCCCUCCUGGUUUCUAUGGUGAAGGCUGCAUGCUGCCAUGUAACUGUGCCAACGGGGCCGACUGCCAUGGUGUCACCAGCGCCUGCAUAUGUGCACCUGGUUUCAUGGGAGACGACUGCUCCUCCAGCUGCCCUCCUGGUCUCUACGGAUCCAGCUGCUCCUCCACGUGUUCCUGCCACAACCACGCGUCCUGCUCACCCGUGGACGGCUCCUGCGUCUGCAGAGAAGGCUGGCAGGGCGUGGACUGCUCCAUCCUGUGCUCCAGUGGCACCUGGGGGCUGAGCUGCAACCAGACCUGCCUGUGCACCAACGGGGCGGACUGCGACCCCAUGGACGGCACCUGCACCUGCUCCCCUGGGUGGAGAGGAGAGCACUGCACGCUGCCCUGCCCCGAUGGCACCUACGGGCUGGACUGUCGAGAGCGUUGUGACUGUAGCCACGCCGACGGCUGUGAUCCUGUGAGCGGCUUCUGCCACUGUCUAGCAGGCUGGACAGGUAUUCACUGUGAUAAUGUGUGUCCUCAAGGCUUCUGGGGCCCCAACUGCUCUGUCACUUGCUCGUGUCAGAAUGGCGGCUCCUGUUCCCCCGAGGACGGCACGUGUGUGUGCGCUCCGGGUUACCGUGGGACCUCCUGCAAGAGAAUCUGCUCUCCUGGGUUCUAUGGGCACCGCUGUAGCCAGUCAUGCCCACAGUGUGUGCACAGCACAGGGCCGUGCCACCACGUCACGGGUCACUGCGAGUGCCUGUCCGGCUUCUCCGGCUCUCUGUGCAACCAAGUGUGUUCCAGUGGCAGGUACGGAAAAGCCUGUGGCGAGAUUUGCCUCUGCACCAACAACGGCACAUGCAACCCCAUCGAUGGGUCCUGCCAGUGCUUCCCUGGCUGGAUUGGAGAGGACUGCUCUCAUGCCUGCCCCUCGGGGUACUGGGGCCCUGACUGCCUCAACUCAUGUAACUGUCACAACGGAGCCCAGUGCAGUGCCUAUGACGGAGAGUGCAGGUGUAGCCCUGGCUGGACUGGUCUCUACUGCACACAGCGCUGUCCAUCUGGGUUCUAUGGCCGGGACUGUUCUGAGGUCUGUCGCUGUCAGAACGGAGCUGACUGUGACCACAUGACUGGCCAGUGUGCCUGCCGAACAGGCUUCAUCGGGACCAGCUGUGAGCAGAAGUGCCCUCCGGGUACGUUUGGUUAUGGCUGCCAGCAGCUGUGUGAGUGCAUGAACAACGCAACCUGUGACUACGUGACUGGAACCUGCUACUGCAGCCCUGGGUACAAAGGCAUCCGCUGCGACCAAGCGGCUCUGAUGAUGGAAGAGCUGAACCCCUACACUAAGAUCAGCCCCGCCCGGGGCUCAGAGCGCCAGUCGGCAGGGGCAGUCAUGGGCAUCAUCUUCCUCCUCCUCAUCAUCAUGGCCAUGCUCAGCUUGUUUGUGUGGUACAGACAGAGGCAGAGGGACAAAGGCCACAAUCUGCAGCCCAGCGUGGCCUACACGCCCUCUCUACGCAUCACCAGCACUGACUACUCCCUAUCUGGUGACAGCACCAGCAGCAGCGCCGGCCAGUGCUUCUCCAACCCCAGCUACCACACUGUGGCCCAGUGCACCAUCCCCUCGUCCAUCUCCAACAGCCUGGACGGCACGCUCACCCUCAAGUCCAACACUCUGAAGGGAGGCAGCAGCAGUUUAGAGUGGAGGGCCUACUGCAAUCUCAACGACUUAGAUGUCCAACAAGGGGACACACCGACACAGAGAACAUCCAGACAAGAUGACAUCAAGGGCUCCAUGUGCAGCAACAGCUCGUGCUCCCUGAACAGUGAGAACCCUUACGCCACCAUCAGAGACCCGCCAGGCCUGGCCUGCAAACACACGGAGAGCAGCUACGUGGAGAUGAAGUCGUCCUCCCACCGCAACCUGCCCUUCUGUGGCACCGCCGCAGUGCUCCCCUCUGCCAGCAGGAACAUCUACGACGUGGAGCCGACAGUCAGCGUUCUUCAGGGUCCAAACGGAAUGGCAACCGGUUUCUCCCAGAAUCCCUACGACCUUCCCCGCAACAGCCACAUCCCCAGCCACUACGACAUCCUGCCCAUGCGUCACAGCCCCACACCCUCCCCCCCGCUGCCCCAGGAGAGCCCCAGCUCCCUGCUCUAGAGGUCAGGCCCACUCCCUUAGGCCCUGACUUGGAGCCAGACUUCGGGUCUACAUUCAGCCAGCAGCCCUCCCUCUGUCUCCGCACGGUGACCCGAGGGUGUGGAGAUGGAGCGGGGGCUGCUGCUCCGCUGGACCUGGUCGCCUCCCUCUGUUUACACCUCCCCGAGGACACCGUGGGGAAGAGAGGGAGGCCCCUGUCCACCUCCGGAGACACACCCACACUCACCAGCAACCACACACCUGGAUUAUUUUUCUUUCAAGUGGGAUCACCACAAAUUGUAUCCAGUGGCUCAGUCCACACAUGGCAUCAGGACUACAUAAAUAGAAUGGUCAAGCAACCGAUCCCUCCGUCCAUCUGUAGGACUUUGGUUCACUGGAGACUCGUGCGAUGCGUUGGUAUACAGAUGUGUGGGGAGCAGUCGGAAUGUUUCUC